AUGUAUCUAGAUGGAUUUAUUGGAAUUGAGAUAUAUGAUGCAGGAUAUGUAUCUGGAGGCACAGAGACUACAUCCAUAGUCUCAGAGUGGGCAAUGACAGCACUGCUAAGACGAUCAAACAUGAUCAUGCACAAACUCCAAGCUGAGAUCAGAUCCACUGCAGCUCCAUUAGUUCCCAGACUGUCAAGAACAAAAGUGGAGAUCAAUGGCUAUGAAAUCCAACCAGGUUCUCAUGUUUAUAUCAAUGCCUGGGCUAUUGGAAAAGACCCAAUUUCAUGGGAAAGACCCGCAGAGUUCGACCCGGAUAGGUUCUUAAAAAGUGAUGUGGAUUAUAAAGGCCACGAUUUCCACUUAUUCCUUUUGGAUCUGAAAGGAGAGGUUGGAUUGGGGAUUACCGGGUGGUGUUAG